AAGAAAGGAGGCGGGAAGGAGAAACAAAGAGAAAAGCUGUGAUGUCACUCCCCACCACACCACUCAUACAAAGGCGUGAGUGAGAGAAACACACACACUUAUACUAUUCCACUACACAAACUAACUCCUGUUGACUCUGUGCCUUUCAUUCUGGAUAAAACACACCAAUAUACGGUGACCGUGCGUGCCAGGAAUGAGCAAAGCUGAAACAAUUGGGGCCAGCUGCAGGAGGAUGGGAGUAAUUCUCUCUUGAGAAGAGGAAAAGGAAGAGGGACAAAACUGAACAAUCACAUUUGCACGAGUGCUUCCUGUUUACCUGCAAAUACACGUUCUCGUGUUUAACAAACACUUUGUACCGGGCCCCAUACACACAAUCCAAUAUGCUGCAGCAAAUUCUCACAAAUAUGUACGUCGACCCGGACAUCCUGGAGGCUCUCAACGAGGAGCAGAAGAAGACGCUGUUCCUGAAGAUGAGAGAAGAGCAAGUUCGCCGCUGGAAGGAGAGAGAGGAGAAGGAAGAGAAGGAAGGCAGGAUGGAGAAGCCCAGGCCAAAGAAAUCCACUCUUAAGAAAGUGAAUUGGCUCCUGGGACGAGAUGGAGACGUGCAAGUGUGUGUUAUCGGUGAGACGGAUGAGUUCAAAUCGUCCAAACUCCUCCUGUCUGGACUCAGGGAAAAGCACGAGAACAACCUCAACACCUCCAACAGGCUUCAGAUUACUAGUCAUCUCAAAAGCUGCCUGGACAACCGAGUAAUCCAGGAGGACCGCAGUACGCCUGGGGUAGAGCUACUGCUCAACAAAACGGAGAGGAUGAACCACUCCAAUACUCUUCCAGACAUCCAGCAACAAAACAGUCACUCCACAGAAGAGCUCAAGAACCAAAAGGAUGACUCUUCAAAUUUCAGAACACCCAAAUCAUACAGGGCGGAUAGCGAGGCAUCUGCAGUGACGAGACUGAACCAGAUGGGUUUGCAGAAAAGUGCCGUGGAGCAAGACGUACAGGAAAGAGGAGUGGUAAAAGAACAAGGACUCGGCUCUCAAUUCGGAAGUCGUGUGGCUCAGCUCAGGAUGAACUUUAACACACCGAACACUAAGGUCCCCUCACCGUGCACCAAACCACCCAUUCCCACCAAACCGGCUCAUCUGCUGACAACGGCCUCCGUCACAUAAAAAUCACACCCGGAGGAAACCAAACACUUCAGAUAAACACCAGCUAUGGGUUCUCAAUAAUUUAACAUUAGCUGUAAAUAAACGUUGAUGCACAAAGCAGAGAAAAGGACUCCACUACACAUGGGACUUCCUUCAGCUUGGUAUACGGCUAUGAAGCAGACUAUGGUGUCAAAGAGGUAGAAUAAAACCUGAUCUACUGUAUAUGAUAUCAAAACCCUUUCACUCACUCCACUGCAGCAAGUCGAUACGCACAGCCUGGACUUUAGCAGUGCAUCAUCUUUUUUCUUUUCUUUUUAACAAGGUAUAAUAUCCACUGUUGGUCCUCUAAGUCCUUACUUAUAUAUAUACACACACACACACACACACACACACACACACACACAGUACCGUGCAAAAGUUUUAGGCACGUGCAAAGAUGCCUUCAAAAUAAUUCAAUUAAAUGUUUCUACAUUUUUUUUUUUUUUUUUUUUUUUUUUUUUUUAAAUACCAUAAAUAGCAAUAAUUUUUUUUUUCCUCUGAAAAGUGUCUCUUACGUAAUAUGCUGCCUUCUUUACUGACACAAACAUUUUUCUGAAACAUUUAAUUUUGUGCUAAAAACUAAUGUUUGGAAAUCUAAACUAUUUCGAUAAUGUAGAAGUCAUAAAAUAAAUAAAUAAAAUCUAUAACAAAGUUUGCACUAAACAAAAUAGGGUGCCUAAAACUUCUGCACAGUACUGUACACACUCCAAUUUUAUCCAGUCAAUGAAGGCCAAAGAUGUUUCUAGAUGUUUUCUACUUAUGUUAUCGAAUGUGCUUUGUAAAUAUGAUAUCGUAUCAAAUAUGCAAAUAAAACUUGUUGGGUUUCAAAGUU